CGCACAAAAACUGAAAGAUACAGAAAGUUUGAAUUUCGAGAGAGAGAACUCAUACAUCACAGCAUCACCGAGAAGAACACGAGGAGAGGAAGAAUCUCUGAGUCGAGAUUCGCUAAUUUCACGGCGAAGGAUGCAUUCGUCUCUGGAGAUUCAGCACCCAGAACGGUGCCGUCCCACCACCUCGACGGUAUCGGAGAUCGAGGAGGUUAUACCCGACGACUCCGAUAGAACGACUCUUCUUAACGGCUCUUACGGUUUGUCUUCACCCGAACCGGUUCGCCGUCGAGUGCCCGGGAAGCUGCCGGCGGACGGAGGACCUCGUCGGGUUUCCCGGCAGCAGUCGUUCGGCCGCGAGAUCGGCCACGCGGCGGCUGAGACGUACCUAAUUACUGGACUUAGCUUCAAACUUCUUCGAUACCUCGGGGUAGGCUAUCGGUGGAUCACAAAAUUACUUGCCCUUACAUGUUAUGCUAUGCUGCUUAUGCCUGGCUUUCUUCAAGUUGCAUAUAGUUAUUUUUUCUCAUCACAAGUCCGGAGGAGUGUAGUGUAUGGAGAUCAACCAAGGAACAGGCUGGAUCUGUACUUGCCAAGCAACAACGAUGGCAUGAAGCCGGUUGUGGUUUUCGUGACUGGGGGAGCUUGGAUUAUUGGGUACAAAGCUUGGGGCUCGCUCUUGGGAAUGCAGCUAGCAGAAAGGGAUAUCAUUGUAGCAUGUGUUGACUACAGAAACUUUCCUCAGGGAACAAUUAGUGAUAUGGUGACGGAUGUUUCUCAAGGAAUCUCAUUUGUGUGCAAUAACAUCUCUGCAUUUGGAGGUGACCCCAACAGGAUCUACCUGAUGGGGCAAUCAGCUGGUGCCCAUAUAGCCGCUUGUGCUCUGUUGGAACAAGCUACUAAAGAAUCAAAAGGAGAGAGCAUCUCUUGGAGGGUUAACCAAAUAAAAGCUUAUUUUGGAUUAUCUGGAGGGUACAAUCUAUACAAUUUGGUUGAUCACUUCCAUAAUCGGGGCCUGUAUCGCUCGAUUUUCCUAAGCAUAAUGGAAGGAGAAGAGUCCUUUGAAAAAUUCUCUCCGGAAGUAAGAUUAAAAGACCCAAUUGUCCGAAAAGCGGCGUCUCUAUUGCCUCCUAUUAUGCUUUUCCAUGGAUCCUCAGACUAUUCCAUACCAGCCGAUGCAAGUAAAACUUUUACAGAGGCUCUCCAAGCUGCUGGAGCCAAAGCGGAGCUUAUUUUAUAUACCGGUAAAACACAUACGGAUUUGUUUCUUCAGGAUCCCUUAAGAGGAGGUAAAGACGAACUCUUUGAUGACAUAGUCUCUGUGAUACAUGGCGAGGACAAUGACGCGCUGACUAAAGACUCAUUGGCUCCUCCCAGAAAGCGUCUUGUCCCAGAGUUGUUGUUGAAACUAGCUCGUGAGGUUAGCCCCUUCUGACCGCCAAAACAAAAAAA